AUGGAUGUCUCCAGCUCUGUGUUCCAGAUCCAGGAUAACUGUGAGUUCCAGUUCGACUGUGAGAACCUUCUGGAGCAGAGCUUCUCUGCGACAGAUGCAGGUUACUUCAGCGCCUGCAGCAGCCUGUCACCAGCGUCCUCCACCGAUUCCAGCUGCUUUUCUCCACCGACCUUCCACCAUGGAGCAGGACAGGAGAACUUCACUGAGAUCUUCUCUGAAAGCUUCUGCCUGAAAAACAACAUCAGCCAGGAGAACGAGAUAAAGAACAAGGCACCCAAGAGAACAGGGCGGCCACGGUCAAAGUUCCCCGGAGUGAAGCGCCAGAAUGCAAGCGAGCGAGAGAAGCUGAGGAUGAGGGAUCUGACCAAAGCUCUGCAGCAUCUCAGGACCUACCUGCCGGCGUCGGUGGCUCCUGCCGGACAGACGCUGACCAAGAUCGAGACUCUGUGUCUGACCAUUCGCUACAUUUCUCACUUAUCUCAGCUGGGACUUGGACAGGAAAAUGUCACCCAAGGAAAUGUUUUACCAGCAAGACCAGCUUCAGAUUUACCAGUUUGCCAAGUAAACCAAGAGGUUCCACAGAUGUCGAGCUUCUCCACUCAGGAGUUCUUCAACAUGCCCAACAUGCCCAACAUGCCAUACUAUCAGAGUUCAGAUAACAGCAGCAUCCUGCCAGCUUCAGUGCCACCCUCACCAGCUCAGGAUAACUGGAUCGCCCAGCAGCAAUACUGCUAUUAUGGACAAUGCUAA